GUCCCUAUCUAUUGUUUCUCCCUGUUUCUGUCUUGAGGACUCUUGUUUUGUGGAUAUCAACUGAAUUGUGGCCACAGGACUUGAACACGAUGGAGAACAACACGACCAUCUUUCAGGAUGUCAUUCGGGUUGUAAAUGUGACUGAAAUGCCUCUGAACCCUCUUGAAGAGCAGGUCAUAACAAUAUUUUUGACAAUGCUAAUCUGUGUAGUUGGGAUUGCUGGCAAUGUCAUGGUGGUGCUGGUUGUGCUGCGCACUAAACACAUGGUCACCCCGACUAACUGUUACCUCGUCAGUCUGGCUGUCGCAGACCUCAUUGUGUUGCUUGCUGCCGGGCUCCCUAAUAUCUCUGAUGUUGUAGCCUUCUGGAUAUACGGAUACACAGGAUGCUUGUGUAUAACAUAUCUUCAGUACCUGGGCAUCAACGUGUCGUCCUGCUCCAUCACAGCCUUCACCAUCGAACGAUACAUUGCUAUUUGUCACUCCAUAAAAGCACAGUUCAUAUGCACCGUUUCCAGAGCCAAGAGGAUCAUAGCUGGAGUCUGGGUCUUCACCUCACUUUACUGCAUUAUGUGGUUCUUCUUAGUGGACACAGAUGAAACCGUCUAUACCAACGGAGUGGUGGUCACUUGUGGCUACCGUGUCUCCAGGAGCUUCUACAUGCCAAUCUAUUUCUUGGACUUUACUUUGUUCUACGUGAUCCCGCUUGCUGUGGCCACUGUGCUGUACGGGCUCAUCGCGAGGAUUUUGUUCAUGAGCCCUCUGCCCUCGCAUCUGAACGACAGAGCCGGAGGAGGGUCGGUCCACCAGGGUCACUCCAACAGCACCAACAAGGCCAACAAGGGUGCAGUCUCUGCGAGGAAACAGAUAACAAAGAUGCUGGCCGUGGUGGUCAUCCUCUUCGCGUUGCUCUGGAUGCCGUACCGAACCCUGGUGGUGGUCAACUCCUUCAUCGACCCGCCUUACCACAACACCUGGUUCCUGCUCUUCUGCCGGAUGUGCAUCUACACCAACAGUGCCAUCAACCCCAUCAUUUACAACCUCAUGUCUCAGAAGUUUCGGGUCGCGUUCAAAAAGCUCUGCAAGUGCAACUGGCAACGCAAGGAGAAGGCAGCAGAGUACAAUGUGCCGAUGUAUUACAGCGUGAUAAAGGAUUCAUCCCAUGAGAGCAAUGAGCUUGUCACAGAGCAGGAGGAGGUGAGCGGCCAAACCACCAAGAGGUUCAACAAGACGGAUGAUGAUGCAAGCACUUUAAGUAUUUCUUAAUAAAGGCUUUGCUGAGUUCUUCUUGCUGAGAAUUGUGAAAAUCUUUCAUUUUAAUGUUUAAUAUUGCUGUUAUUUCCACCUGUUAGAAAAAGUAUUUAUAGAUAAACCCAUAUUCUUCUUGUUCGCUGUGAUACAAGUUGUAUUUGUGGUGUGGUAGUUGUGGUACUUUUACAUCAAUAUUGUAACUGUGUUGUAAAUACAGCACGUGAAACCAGGCUUUAGUGUACUUCACACUGCUUAAUGGGAACUAAUGGCAUUAUAAUGUGUGUCACCAUUUCACAAUAGUGUAAGUGGUUCUUUGAAAUGUUUUUAGAAAUAUCAUAAUCACCAUUUGAGUGCACAUAAAAAAAGAAGACCUGGCAAAGACAGACAAUUUAUGUGAAACGUGAUACUGUAGGUGCAUAUUAUGAAUUUUGCCUUCAGACAAUGUCCAGACUUUAUGUUAACUAGUUCUGUCAUGAACCAGCACUGAUUUUGUGCAACAAUGACCUAAUAAAAUUAUCAGUAUGAGAUGUCUCUUGAUAACAAGUGUACUUGUGCUUUUCAUGCGCUCAGGCUGGAGUGCUCUGUGUCCUCAGAUGUUCCACGCUCUUCAACAGCACUGAUGAACAAACAUCCCAGUUUUUCACCUUUUUUUAAUUUUCAAUGUAUCACAUCCAUAUACUGUAUAAUUAAAAAUGGAUGUAGUCUUUGUGAUGUCACACACAGGUUUCUAAAGAGCUGUUGUGAAGCUCAAAUGUUUUUUGCUGUAAACAUAUUUAUUUCUGUUGUAA